UCAGUUGCUGCGCGGAUGGAUACGGUCUCACACUGAAACGCGUGUGUAUAAAGAUUCCGUUCUAUUAAAAGGAAGUCCCUUUCUAUUUCCCUGCGUCAGAGAGCAGAAGGGACGAUACAUUGGUGGCAUUUUAUUCAAGAAAGUCAACGAAAUAACAAGAUGCCUGAAGAAAUGCACCAAGAGGAGGAGGCUGAGACCUUUGCCUUCCAGGCAGAGAUUGCUCAGCUGAUGUCCCUGAUCAUCAACACCUUUUAUUCCAACAAAGAGAUCUUCCUCAGGGAGUUGAUCUCCAAUGCCUCUGAUGCUCUGGACAAAAUCCGCUAUGAAAGCUUGACUGACCCAUCCAAGCUGGACAGCGGCAAGGAUCUGAAAAUUGAUAUCAUCCCCAACAAAGCUGAUCGCACCCUGACCCUCAUUGACACUGGAAUUGGCAUGACCAAAGCAGACUUGAUUAACAAUCUGGGUACAAUUGCCAAGUCUGGUACGAAGGCCUUCAUGGAGGCCCUGCAGGCUGGUGCUGACAUUUCCAUGAUUGGUCAGUUUGGAGUGGGUUUCUACUCUGCCUACCUUGUUGCUGAGAAGGUAGUUGUCAUCACCAAGCAUAAUGAUGAUGAGCAGUAUGCCUGGGAGUCAUCUGCUGGAGGAUCAUUCACAGUCAAGGUUGACAAUGGUGAGCCCAUGGGCCGUGGCACAAAGAUCGUCCUGUAUCUGAAGGAGGACCAGACGGAGUACAUUGAGGAGAAGAGGGUCAAGGAGAUUGUCAAGAAGCACUCUCAGUUCAUUGGCUAUCCUAUUACCUUGUUUGUUGAGAAGGAGCGUGACAAGGAAAUCAGUGAUGAUGAGGCAGAAGAAGAAAAAGCAGAGAAGGAGGAGAAAGAGGAAGGUGAGGACAAGCCAAAGAUUGAGGAUGUCGGCUCUGAUGAUGAGGAGGAUUCCAAAGACAAGGACAAGAAGAAGAAAAAGAAGAUCAAAGAGAAGUACAUUGAUCAGGAGGAGCUCAACAAGACCAAGCCCAUCUGGACCAGGAACCCUGACGACAUCACAAAUGAGGAAUAUGGGGAAUUCUACAAAAGUCUGACUAACGACUGGGAGGAUCACCUGGCUGUCAAGCACUUCUCUGUGGAAGGCCAGCUGGAGUUCCGGGCUUUGCUUUUUAUUCCACGCCGGGCACCUUUUGACCUCUUUGAGAACAAGAAGAAGAAGAACAACAUCAAACUGUAUGUCAGGAGAGUCUUUAUCAUGGACAACUGUGAAGAGCUUAUCCCAGAGUACCUGAACUUUGUCCGUGGUGUUGUGGACUCUGAGGACCUCCCCCUCAACAUCUCCAGGGAAAUGCUGCAGCAGAGCAAGAUCCUUAAGGUCAUUCGUAAGAACAUCGUCAAGAAAUGUCUUGAGCUCUUUGCCGAACUGGCUGAGGACAAGGACAACUACAAGAAGUUCUAUGAAGCAUUUUCCAAGAACAUUAAGCUGGGCAUCCAUGAGGACUCUCAAAAUCGUAAGAAGCUGUCUGAGCUGCUGCGCUACCACAGCUCUCAAUCUGGAGAUGAGACAACCUCCCUUACAGAGUACCUGACCCGCAUGAAGGAAAACCAGAAGUCAAUCUACUACAUCACUGGUGAGAGCAAGGAUCAGGUCGCCAACUCUGCCUUUGUUGAACGUGUCCGCAAGCGUGGUUUUGAGGUCCUGUACAUGACGGAGCCUAUUGAUGAGUACUGUGUUCAGCAGUUGAAGGAGUUCGACGGAAAGAGUCUGGUCUCUGUCACCAAAGAGGGUCUGGAGCUACCAGAGGAUGAGGAGGAGAAGAAAAAGAUGGAGGAGGACAAGGCCAAGUUUGAGAGCCUCUGCAAACUCAUGAAGGAGAUCCUUGACAAGAAAGUAGAGAAGGUGACUGUGUCAAAUAGGCUGGUGUCAUCACCCUGCUGCAUUGUGACGAGCACUUAUGGCUGGACGGCAAACAUGGAAAGAAUCAUGAAGGCCCAGGCACUCAGGGACAACUCCACAAUGGGCUACAUGAUGGCCAAGAAGCACCUGGAGAUCAACCCUGAUCACCCAAUCGUGGAGACUCUCCGGCAGAAGGCUGAGGCUGACAAGAACGACAAGGCUGUGAAGGAUCUCGUGAUCCUGUUGUUCGAAACCGCACUGCUCUCCUCUGGCUUCUCCUUGGACGACCCACAGACCCACUCUAACCGCAUCUACAGAAUGAUCAAACUUGGACUGGGUAUUGAUGAUGACGAUGUCGCCCCAGAGGAGACCACCACUGCAGCCGUUCCAGAUGAGAUUCCUCCCCUAGAAGGUGACGGUGAUGAUGAUGCUUCACGUAUGGAAGAAGUUGAUUAAAUUGACCACCCUGCCAGACUUCUAACAACACUUUAGCUUCACUUUCCCAUUGUUCAUCCUAAAAACUGCAACAAAUUAGUCAUUCAUGUUGUGUGGUGGACCAGUGUUGCUCUUGUGUCUCGAGCAUCACACUGUAAGACCUUUUUAAGAAAAACAGUUUUGGUUUUUGCUAUAAGUUCUUGGUGACAGCACAUUUGCUUUAAAGUAUCCUCUUGCACUGAGUUUUAAAUGUUGGAGUGGUAAAUGUGCAAACAUCAGAAUGGUACAUUCCAUUUUCAGAUCAGGUUUGAGAAGGUUCUGUUCAAGUGCAACAUUGCACGCUGCAUGGAGAGAGGACUAUAUGAUUCCUUUGCCUGAGUCCAGGCUUGUCUGUAUUCGAAGUCUUGUUUUGCAGAAAAAUUAAAGCCGUAAUACCUGA